AUGAGAUUACAACAAACUGGGUCCUCUUCUUUAUCCUUGGAAAUCAAAGAAUUUGCAGAUUGGCUUCUUCAAGUGGGCCAUGGCACGGUUAUCCCAAUCGAUGAGGAUGAUUUUAUUAUAGAAAUUCCCUCUGAUUUGUUGGUAAGGGAGUCUGAUAAUCCUUUACUUGAGUUAGUCAAUUUUGCAUAUCCCAAUGUUGUUGAUAAUUUGGAAAACCAUGCAUAUUUUGAACAAAGAGCACUCCUUGCUCCUACACUUGAAAGUGUUAAAGAGGUUAAUAACUUCAUGAUGUCAAUGAUCCCUGUGGAGGAAACAAAAUAUUUGAGUUACGACACUCCAUGUAGGUCAGAUGAAGACUCUGAAAUAGAUGCAGAAUGA